AUGCCUCCCAAUUCUGGGGCCAAGCGCCCGUCGCGGCCAAGUGCUGUUCAACCUGGCGAUCCUGUUCCCGUUCGCGCAAAGCGUCGCUACCGCCCUGGCACCGUCGCCCUUCGCGAAAUUCGACAUUACCAAAGCGGCACCAAGCUGCUCCUCCGAAAGCUUCCAUUUGCGCGCCUCGUUCGAGAAAUCGCGUUAACGAUGCGCCCACGAGAUGAAGGUCUGCGCUGGCAGAGCCAAGCCAUCAUGGCCCUCCAAGAAGCCGCCGAAGCUUACAUGGUGCAUCUGUUUGAAGAUACAAACCUGUGCGCCAUCCACGCCAAGCGUGUCACAAUUAUGCAGAAGGACAUUCAACUAGCAAGAAGGAUACGCGGUAUCUGGGGUGGUCUGGGUUAA